UCCACUUCCAUCGAACAUUCGCUCGGCACCCCGUCACUCAUUUGUUCUCGCUAUGUGGCUGCUUAUUUUUGCAGGUCUUCUGGCAGUCUCCGCUGGAGAGGAGACUGUCGUCAAAAAGACAUCAUCAUCGUCUAAUGCCGAUGACAUUAUUAUGCUGGAGAUUGAUAUCAAGGAGCCCGUCAAGAGGUCACCGGUCUCAAGCGUUUACGGAACUUCAGGCAGUCAAUUUAUCGUUCGACACGGUGAUGACUCUCAAGAGCUAUCGCCAGAAUAUUUAGCUGUACUACGACAAUUUACCGGAACCGAACCGCAACCGUAUGCAAGCUCAAAUAAUGCGCUUCAGCGUAGACCGCCACUUCCGGCUAGACAGCAACAGACACUGCAGCAAGCGUAUUACAAUUACCGUAAACCCGCUGUAGUUCCUCCGCGACCGAGACCUCAGCUACAUCCACAGGCAUUAGUCCAAGCUGAGGCUGUGGCGCAAGCUCAGGCGCAAAUUGACGCACAGAAUCGUGCUGCGGCAUUACAGUCAGCACGCAGCCCGUCCGCAGCAUCGGUAUACCAAGUCGAAUCUUAUACUCAACCGAAAGUGGGCAGCUUCGAUCAGGAAUUGCUGCAAUUGGUAUCCGCCAAUCAAGCCCAAGAAUUUAAUUUAAUUCCAACGCAGCCUAAAACUAACUAUCCGCAACAACAAGAGUAUGUCAAACCAACGAUAGCACCGGCAGCAUCUCAGUUACCCGAGCAAUAUCAUAUCGAAACUAGUCCGCCUCCUCGUUAUCCGUCGCAGCAACGAGUAGCGGCGACGUAUCAGUCGAUCGGGCAACCGGUUCAGAUUCAAUAUCAAAACGCACAACCGGCGGACCAUCAACCGUUCCGACCAUCGCCGCAGUAUGAUUACGUAGACGACGGCGCUCAGUUGCAAGCCCAUCAAGCACAGAUUCAGGCUGAAACCGAAGCAAAUACUAGGGCUCAGGCGCACGCCGAGGCGCAAGCCUUGGCCUUCCAAAAGAUCGCCCAGGCGUCGUAUCAGAAGCAUCACGAUGCCGCUCUGGAGCAGAUCAGAAUCGACCACGAGAGAUACAGACAGCAGAGUGCGUUGGAACAGAUUCAACAAGGAGAGGCCGUAAGUGAAGCUGGACAAGCUCAUAUCGAAGGUCGAUCGCAGCCGAAGGAUCCGGAAGCCGCCUACAGGACCAAGCUGAAGGCACAGGCGGCUGCCGAAGCCGCCGAGGCCAGAAGACUUCAGACAGCUGCCGAACAAAAGGCUCACGCUGACGCCAUACGUCACGUUGAAGCUCAGCAGCAGGCUCAUGUAAGAGCGCAAGAAAAAGCUCAUUACGAUGCUUUGAAUUUCGAAAGAAAUCAGCUGCGGGCCCAGGCUCAGGCUCAAGCGAUAGCGCAGGCUCAGGCCGAGGCUCUCUACAAGGUCUAUCAGCAAUCGCGCGCCAAAGCCAAUAACGAGAUCUUGGCGAUCGCCAAGGCUCAGGCCGAAGCGAAAAAAGUGGAUCCCGAGGGCACGCCGGUCAUUCAAUACCUUUUACCUAAUACUCCCAAGCUGCCACCGCCCAACAGUUACUUCACCAAUGAUGAUGUGAAUAAGUAUCAGGCUUCUGGCUCCACGUAUGCCCCUAGAACGGUCGCUAAGCCAGAGUCAAGCGAGUCCACCGCCACUCAAGAACAAGCCUAUGUUCAAUCUGUUAUUAAUCGACCUCGCCAAGCGUACAAAUUGAAGGUUCCACCGACACAGUCCUCCGUCUAUAUUUCUCAGUCAGGCAUCUUGAAAAAAUCACCUCUCAGAUCUGUCACCAUCGAAGAGAUUGUCGAUCAAAGUCAAUUAAACGACCCUCAGGUUGUACGUGUUCCCUCGCCGAAGGACCAGCAACCCCUGACGCAAGAAGAGCUGUCCGCUCUGAUUAAUGCCGGUUACAGUGUUACUCCAGCGCCUUCGGCAAAACCAACCCAGCAGAGCUAUAUACCGCAGAACACUUCCGGCGCGUACUACUUGAAAAAACAACGGCCGGUUGUCAGGCCCGAGUACGUCACGCUUGAGGAAGUCGUGAAGCAACCACAAAGACCCACCAGAAAGAACGCAUCCGUCCUCAAACAGGACGAUACCAGUACCAGUGAGAAAGUCACCUAUUUGGUGCCUUUGGAACCUAGUUUUGGCACAAGACAGCCGUCGGUUUAGGAGUAAUGAGUAAUCAUGUAAGCUUUGUUAUUGAAAAAGUAAUGACAAAGUUGAAAACUUGAACGUCAAUUUUCUUCAACAUUUAUUCGUUUUGUGCAUCAAGUAUCAUAAUUCUCUUUUUCAAUCAAAACUUGUGAAUUAUAUGU